AUGCGCCACAAUGGGGCCAAACAUGACGCAACAGAUGACGACGCCUUUGGAUGUGUGUCCAGCAGGCAAGCGACCCACACAAAGAUGGCUCCCGUCCGUCUCCGCCAUCCCAAGGGCGUCUCCACCAUCGAGGUUCUCUUCGACAGCAACGAAUUUACCGUAGAGGAUCUCCAGCAGGAGAUAUACGCAGCGACAGAGAUCCUGCCAUCGCGUCAGAUCCUGAAGACUGGAUAUCCACCACGACCUCUUGCUUUGGUCCCUGAACUGCCGAUUCAGUCACUCGGGCUGCAGAGGGGAGACCAGAUUAUCGUCAGCGAGUCAUCCGAAUCGUCAGGCGCACCUGCCCUGCGUGUCCCAUCGAGCCCGACGCGGACACAGACGCAGACACCGCCUGUACGAUCGCCGACUAAGACGACACCAGCGCCAGGGCCGGCAGCGCGUCCUCGGCCUGCAUCACCGCCAGCUCCAAGGCCUGCUGUCUCUCCGCCACAGUCACCUUGUCCUGCCAGUGUAGAGGUCGAUGGAAGCUUUCUUGUUCACAGGGUUGUCCCAGACGACAACUCGUGUCUCUUCUCGUCUGUCGCAUUGGUUUUCGAACAAAGUAUAUCCAAAGCGCCACAGAUGCGUAAGAUCGUCGCGGAAGGAAUACAGAACAAUCCCGACUUGUACAACGAAGCCAUUCUAGGAAUGCCACCAUCUCAAUACAUCGCCACAAUCUCGAAACCCACGACCUGGGGCGGUGCGAUCGAGUUAGGUAUCCUCGCAGCGCACUUCCGCACCGAAAUCGCAAGUAUCGACGUCGAGACCGGGCGAAUAGAUCGUUUUACUCCUCCAGGCGACUUCGGCGCAUCCACGCGCUGCCUUCUUAUUUACUCAGGGAUCCACUACGACGCUGCAUCACUUGCCCCAAUGGUUGACGCUCCGCCAGAAUGGCACCAGACGUUAUUCGAGACCCAAUCGACUGAUGAUUCAGAUCCCUUGCUCGUUGCGGCCAAGAAGCUUGCCGAUAUUCUUCGUGCAAGAAAGGCGUACACAAAUACCUCUACCUUUGACAUUAAAUGCGAGGAGUGCGGGCAAGGUUUGAAAGGCGAAAAAGGAGCACGAGUGCAUGCAGAGCAAACAGGUCAUGUACGAUUUGGAGAGUAUUAG